GAGAGCUCUGGCUCUGUAUGGCCUUCUCAUUCAGUCUCCAAACUUCUGUUUUCCUAGUAGUGGUAUAAAAUCUCUUUUCUGAAAUGGAAUUCUUUUCGCGUAAAGUGAAAUCAAACGGUCAAAUUGACACACGUCAAAUGAAUGGCGCGACUGUAGGCCUCCGAAAUAAACGGUUUGACACGGUCAAUAAAAGGUGUCUGUUUGCAGCCAAGAAGAAUUUGCAAAUGACGUGCCCUUGCGAUAGGGAAGGGCAGUGUGUACUCGAGAGUAGUCUGUUUAGGAAUAGGAGUGAAUCGGCGAUGAGUCCAGCGCCCCCCGCGCCGCGUGACAAAACUGGCGUACCAUUCAUUGCUGGCAAACAGUCGCUUGCUGCCAGUGAUUGGACGUGUACGUACGAAAUGGAUCGCGAUCGCAUUGGUGUUUGGGGCUCCGGGGACGGGCAAUCCAAUAGCCGGUUAUCCGGGCUCGACCGUCUGAAACAUCCGGGACUGAACAAGGGAAUGGCGUUCAGUAUCGAAGAACGUCAAGUUAUGGGAAUCCAUGGUCUUUUACCACCCAGGGUCAAGUCACAAGAGGAGCAGGUUAAUUUGUGCAAACUUUCAAUCGAAAGAUAUGAAGAUCCCCUGAACAAGUACAUCUAUCUUAUGGGAUUAUUGGACCGCAACGAACAUCUAUUUUAUCGCUUCGUGGGUGAGAAUGUAGCGGAGAUGAUGCCGAUCGUCUACACACCUACUGUAGGUCUCGCCUGCCAGAAGUAUGGACUUGUGUAUCGCCGUCCCAGAGGGCUUUUCAUCACCAUUCACGAUAAAGGCCACGUUUACGAUAUACUUAAGAACUGGCCUGAAACGGAUGUGCGAGCGAUCGUAGUAACUGAUGGUGAACGUAUUCUUGGAUUGGGGGAUCUCGGUGCAUGUGGUAUGGGCAUUCCUGUGGGAAAGCUGGCUUUGUACACCGCUUUAGCUGGUAUCAAGCCGCACCAAUGUCUGCCAAUUACCCUCGAUGUCGGUACAAACACACAAACAAUGCUGGACGAUCCCCUAUACAUCGGUCUGAAACAACGUCGCGUUCGUGGAGCGGCCUAUGAUGAGUUUAUAGAUGAGUUCAUGAAGGCUGUUGUGCGCCGAUUCGGACAAAACUGCCUCAUACAGUUUGAGGACUUUGGCAAUGCAAAUGCCUUCCGCCUGCUUGAAAAGUAUCGUGGCAAAUAUUGCACAUUCAACGAUGACAUCCAAGGUACAGCGGCAGUGGCCGUGGCAGGUCUUCUGGCCAGCUUAAGAGUGACAGGCAAGAAACUGUCGGAAAACGUCAUUGUUUUCCAGGGUGCUGGAGAGGCUUCCUUAGGUAUUGCUGAGCUGUGUGUAAUGGCGAUGAUGGCCGAAGGUACAGAAGAAGCCGUGGCUCGCAAUCGUAUCUGGAUGGUGGACUCCAAGGGUCUGAUCGUGAAGAAUAGGCCUGAAGGUGGUCUUAAUGAGCACAAGGCGAAGUUUGCCAAGGAUCACCCACCCGUCCGCACCUUAACUGAAGUUGUCACUCUGGCUAAGCCAUCCGUGCUCAUUGGUGCUGCUGCAAUUGGUGGUGCGUUCACACCCGAGAUCCUUCGGUGUAUGGGGGAAAAUAAUGAGAAACCGGUCAUCUUUGCCUUGUCCAAUCCAACCAGUAAGGCUGAGUGCACAGCGGAAGCCGCCUACUCCAAUACUGACGACCGUGCAAUAUUUGCAUCUGGCUCUCCUUUCCCCGAAUACCGCGCUAAAGACGGACGUAUAUUGCGUCCGGGACAAGGAAACAACUCAUACAUCUUCCCAGGACUGGCACUUGGCAUUAUUUGCGCGGGAAUUGUUGAUAUUUCCGAGGACUUCAUGCUUCUCGCUGCUGAGGCUCUCGCUGAAAUAGUGUCAGAUGAUGAUCUGGGCCAAGGCAGCCUGUACCCACCUCUAAAGGACAUUCAGAACUGUUCAGUCAAGAUUGCAAAGAAGAUUGUGGAGCACGCAUACAAAACUGGUAAAGCCUCAGUGCAACCCCAGCCUGACGACACAGAAGCCUUCAUCCGAGGUCAAAUGUAUGACGUUCGAUACUCGCCCGCGGUUCCCUCUGUGUAUGGCUGGCCUAAAGACGAACCACUUGUGCAACAAAUGUAAUUUUGCUUACUCCCCUAACUACAUUGCUAUACCAUCUAUUAUGACUGUACGGUCCGACUUUAAAUUAUAUUUAUAGAUCAUUCAUACAAAUGAACAAAAGAACGCCCAAUAUUACUACCACCAAUUCAGUAGCAUUGUUUAAGCAACGUUAUAUAUUAUGUUUAAUGUUAAAAUUCGGAACGAGUUUUCAGGGCCAUUUGAUGUAUUUAUGUAUUUGUUAACGAAGAGAUAGAACCAAUUCUUGCAAACUCGUACAUCUGUCAAAAUCAAACUAAUCCGUCAAGAGUUUGACAGAUAGAUUAGUGUGCACUUCUUUCUCAAUCUCUCUCUCUAUCUCGUAAAGAUUAACACUCAUGUUUGGUGCAAUCAGUUUCCGCACUUAUUCCGUUUUGGGUAUAUUAUUAACACCCAUUUACACAUAAUUAAUCCGUUUAAUUGUAUCGUUUUAACUAGUGUUUAUCUGGUUGUAUCGCAAUGUGAACAGAUUUUGACAGAAAGAGACGAAAAGGAGCACUCUCUCAGUCAAAUCAAAUUGAUUUUGUUUUUAAUAUUAUCAUAAGAAAAUCUCUUUUUGGCUUGCUCAGUUUUAAAUUGUAACCAUUAUAUUAUGCUCUGCUUUUGUAUGUAACCGAGCUGCUUAAGAUGUAAAUGUUGUCCAUUGAAAUAUUUGUAAUUUUCUAACCGUUUCACAAUUUUUAGAAUAUAGUGGUACUUAAAUUUUUGUAAUCGCCUUUUGGUGUUUUAUAAAUUAAUUUUAUUACUGUGAUAGUAGUCGAAUCUUUGGAAAUAAACAUUCCGAGUAUUAUUGUCAAAGAUUUUAAUUAUUGAUAAUAUUGUUUAAACCAUUUUGACCAAAUAUCUGAACUUUAGUGAACUAAACUAUUUAUUUGCUAAACGUUAGAGAUAUUUUAAUUUAUUGAAUGACUGCAAAUGUAUUU